UCUGUCAGCUGAGGUUUCGAGCUUUCGUUUGGUGUGUCUCACGAUGUAGUGCGUAGGAUUUUCAGUUGUUUGUCGUCGUCGUGAAAUAUUCAGGUGCUGUUUUCCGCCGUUUCUGGACGGCGGUUCUUAGCGGAAUUUAUUUUCGUGGUACUGACCAGUGUAGUCAUGGAAGAAUUUGUUGGCCCCCACUGCAAGGAGCUUGGAAUCAACCGAAAAGCGCUGGAUGAUGCCCUUGCUGACAAUCGUAAUCUCUCAGCUCUCUGUCGACGUGAUAAAUUGUCAAAUGGCAUCGUGUUUGAGCUCAUGGACUACAAGCGAAGUCAGAAUCUAAGCUUGGAUUCCAUCAUUCAGCUAGUGGCUGCAGUGGAUGGUGUGGAGCAGGAGACUGUGAAUGUGAAGGGUGCUGGUGCGAAGAUCGUCCGCAUAAAGUCACAGAGGAGCAAGCUACAGAAAGAUAAGUGCAACCAGCAGCAGGUUCAGGAAUUUCUUGUUCAGCAUUUUGACAUUCCUUUGUGCAAAGAGGUUGGUCUUGCAGUAGGUAAUACUGAACAUGCAAGUGUAGGGCACACAGACCAAAGCACCUUUGAAGACAAUGUGGAAAAGGUUUUAGCCAAGGAGGCAUGUGAUUUAGAACACGAAUUGAAGACAGUGCAAGAGAGUAAUGCACAAUUGCAGGAAUCAGUGCAGUCGUUGUACAGUCGUCUUCGGAAUUUGCGGAAAGUUGUCGGUAGGCGUGGAAAAAAAAUUGAUGAAAUGGAAGAGCACGAGGCAACACUGCAGAAAACAAUUGAACACCUUGAUUUGGAAAUGGAGAGCAUGGUUUCGGAACUAGAAAAAAAUCAGUGAAAGCCGAAGAAACUCAGCGAAAAUUGAAGAACGAAUAUGAGCGAACGUAUUAUCAUAGGAAAGAGAGGUUGUCGUCUGAUGAAAUGCUAAAAAGUUAUGCAAGUACAGCAACUGAGAGCGCUUCCGCAGUGAAGUAUUGUGAAGCACGGAUUGCUGAACUAGAAGCUUGUCUUCACGAUGCUCUUUGUCAGCUGGAAGGUAAAGCACGGCUGCAGACAAAACAUGACGGUGUUUUUAUAGAUAGUGUUCGGAUGUGUUGCCUCAAGCUGCUCUCACAGAAUGUAGGAAUCCUGAAUGUCCGUCCCGUUAUCGAAACAGUAUUGGAGAUGGUGGGAAUGCAUGCUGAGCAGUUACCAAGUACAGGAACGCUUUCAAACAUGUUGAUAGAAUUGAAACGGAUUAGCUCCAUGCAUGCAGCCUCAGAGCUUCUUGCGUCAGACAAUCUCACAUUAUACAGUGAUGGCACAUCCAAGUUUGGCGACAAAUACGGCACAUACCUGCUUGCGAAUGAGUGUAAAACAUUCAGCAUGGGUCUUGUUGACAUGAAAUGCGGUACGGCAGCUCACACCCUGGAGAAAUUGCAGGAAGUGCUAUGCGAUGUAACAGAUGUGUGUGAAGCACUAGGUGAAAGCAAAGCUGGUGACAGGAUUUUGUCGAAAUUGAAAAAUACAAUGAGCGACAGAUGUGCUGUGCAGAAGUCAUUCAAUGACCUAUUGCAAGAUUAUCGUGCUGACAUUCUGCCAGGGAUUACAGAAGGAUGGAAUGACAUGAGUGAGAGUGCAAAAGACAACAUGGCGAAAGUGAAUCGCUUUUUUUGCGGCAUGCAUUUCAUUGUAGGCCUAGCCACACAAGCUGUGAAGACACUGUCAGAAUGGGAGAACUUGCAUUUCGGGGAACAGAAAGUUGGUGCCAACACUGUCCCAGGUGUAUAUGACAAAAAGGAAUGUUUUGUGCAACGGCUCAUCCGGACAGCAACUAGUGCCUUUCAUAAACAUGGAAAUGAGCAAGCUGGAGUAGUAGCAGAGUUUCGUGCUUUUCUAGACAAGUCAGAUUUACACUUGGAUUUUCAUGAUCUAAGAGGAAACCGCGAGUAUGUGCUGUUCUACAACGGUGCUGGUCUGUAUGCCCUACAUGAAUGCAUGCUUGAUUUUCUCAAAGAUGUGCAUGGUGAGACCAACCUUUUGCUCAAAGCUGUCUCUGCUGAUCUAGGUGUUCCGGAAUUAGUUGCUGGUGCAAGGGCGCUUGGACUGAUUUGCAAAUUGGUCAUUGCUCCUCUGUGGCGAGUGCUGGAAGAUCGACGCAUCAGUAUUCUGGAUAUGUCAUCAGUCUACUCUGCGAUGCACCAGAAACUGACGGAGUGGGCAACUGAUGGAUCAUCACUGCUUGAUGGGUCUGCACGACCUUUCCCUACAGCUCAAGUUUCCGUCCUUGAUCCAGUGUUUAGUUGCCUCAUCCAGCCUGCAUCAAGUGAUGCCGUAACUCUGGAGAUUUUGCAGGUUCUGUGCUCAACCUUCUCGCAGUAUAUGGGUCAGCUUCUUAUCGACCACCUACCAGGAGGCAUAUUCCACCAGUCGACUGUUGAUUUGGCUAAGGAGACAGCAUCAGUCAGCAACACCAAUGCAAUCGCUGAGAGGGAUUUCGCCCAGUUGGAUAGGUUUGUCCGGGAGAAGCCAAAUGCCUCUACAAUUGCAAUGGAUGGAAUGAUUGCCUUCGCCAACAACAAGACUGGAGCAUGGUUAGGCGCACAGACACCAGCUCAGCGUGCGAAGGUUCUAGCGAUUGGCCGCAAGACAGCUCCCCUUCUUCGUGACCUGUACAAGGACCGGCAGGCGGAGAUCAGGGACCACCGCAUCAAGCAAGUGGAAGAGAAAGAGAAGGACAUCAAAAAGAAGCGACAGAAAGUGUUGCAGAAGAAGGAGGCUUUGACGCAAGAGAUAUCGAAGUGCGGUGGUCUGUGGCAAACUAUUGACCAGUCCAAGGUGGAGCUUGCCAAAUUGUCGUCAGUAAGCUCACAACGUGCGGCACUGAGAUCACAGCUUUUCUUCCGCAAAUUUGUCCUGGAGCAGGAAGCGCCGUCAGAUGUAUAUGCACUGUCGAAAGCUGGCAAGGUACACUCCAUCGAGUGCUUGGUCUCAAACCUUGCAACACUGCUUCGCUCUGAAUCGGAUGACACCACAGCGAGUGAUGAUAAUGCAGCUUCAGACAUCAGUGCUGCUGCUGAACCCCUGGCAAAGCGGCCGCUACAUUCUAGCAGCGACACCUGACCAAGCGUAGCGUGCUAGCUAAUUGAUCUUGGGCGGGUCCGUUAAAUAAUGUUCUUGUUUCUAUUCAUGUCUAUUGUGCUUCUUUCCUUUCUUUUAUUACCUCUUCACAGUUUGUACAUAAAAGAAGCUCUAUUGUUCAUUAUGUUGUUGGUUAUUUGGGCUGAUUUUGCACUGAUAAGCACCGUUGCUAUGGCGGUUGCCAUGGACGCCAUGUUUGUUAUUUUUGGCGGGAAAUUUGAAAUCUGCAACGGAAAUUACAUUUUUGGAAUCAGUGGCCUCUAAGCUCUCUUCCCACCAAGUUUGGUGUUGAUUGGCUGUGUUUAGCCGUUGCUAGGGUGUUGCUAUGGACUUCUGGAUUUCCGGAUUGUGCCAUUGCCCAUGUAUGGUCUGUACACAACUAUUGUACAGGUUGGUCGCGGGUAUUCCUUGACCUAUAUCUUCAGUUUUACUGCUCCGAAUUGCUUCAAAUUUUCUGUAUAGCUUCCUCUGACCCUGGUCUUUCACAUUGCACAACAAAAUUCUGUGAAAACCGAAGUUGUAAAAAUCACCUGAAAUCCCUACUCUAAGGCUCUAGCCUC